AAGUGCUGGAUUACAGGUGUGAGCCACUGCACCCAGCCAAUCACAAGUAUCUUUAUAGGACAUCUUUAUUUUUUGCAGAACACCUAGCAGAGUACUUGGCCUUCAGUAGUUAUUUCUUUAGCCCAUUAGUAAUGAAUUAAAAAGUUUUGCUAGCAAGAAUGAAAGAAAGGAUUAAGAGAAGUUCUACUAAUUUCUGAAAGGUAAUAAAACAUAAAAUCUGAUUCCUUUUUAAAGACUUUCAAAGAAAUCUUUAGAACCUGCAAACCCUCCCACAAAGAAAAUGUAAACACUGAAAGGUGGGAGGCAAUUUUACUUUAUAUAUCUAAUAUCACCAUGGCAUUUCAUUCAAAUGAACAUUGCCAUGAAGUUAGGAAAAUUCCUGCUGCAUUCACUUGUCACAUUUUUUUUCAGCAAUCAAGUUGAAGAAACGUUUCCACUACUUAAAAAGGUACCUCCAAAUUACUUUCAUAUUUGUUCAGCUAUCCCAAUGGGAUUUUCACUUAGUAAAUCUGCUACUCAGGUAUCUGCUAUAUGUAUGGAUUCAAAAGUGGAUGAUCACCUAAUACGAGGGACUGAAAAAAGCAGGCUGGAACCAAUGACUCAGUUAUUUCAAAACACCAAGAAAAUAAGAUUAGAAGACACAAAUCAAGAAAACAUUACAAGGAUUGAAGGGAUUGGCACAGGAUCUCUUUCUGAGAAAGCCUUGGGUUCAGUGGUAUACGUCAAAGAAAGUGAUGGACUAGAAGUGACAGAUGUGGAAUGAAGCAAUUUGUAUGUAUUAUCAAUUUGUACGUAUUGCCUUUGAUUACCAGGGGGUAUUGAAAGAGAACUUAACCUUAUUAGGAAACCCUAACAAAAUGACGGAAGACUAUUGCUUUAUUUUUCGCUAUUUAUCAAUCAUCUUACACUGCAUUUUUUGAUGAUGCCUAUUCAAAAGGCAGUUGCUUUAGGGAGAAAAAGCCUUCCAAAUUCAAAGCAGAUUUCCCUGAUAUUAUAUCUUUCUUAAAAAUGAGAGUUACUUAGUAACAGUAUUUGAAUGGCACCAAAACAUUUCCAUUUUAAUGUAUUUCUUUAACAAGUGGUUAAAAAAAAGUAUCCAAGCAGCCAGGCACGGUGGCUUAUGCCUAUAAUCCUAGCACUUUGGGAGGCUGAGGCAGGUGGAUCACCUGAGGUCAGGAGUUCACAACCAGCCUGGCCAACAUGGUGAAACCCCAUCUCUACUGAAAAUACAAAAAAUUAGCCAGGUGUGGUGGCAGACACCUAUAAUCCCAGCUACUUGGGAGGCUGAGGCAGGAGAAUCACUUGAACCUGGGAGACAGAGGUUGCAGUGAGCCAAGAUUGCACCAUUGCACUCCAGCCUGGGCAACAAGAGCGAAACUCUGUCUCAAAAAACAAACAAAAAAGUGCCAAGCAAUGUGACCUCUGUAUUUCACAGUAUUUCUGAUGUACCAGUUUUGCAUAUUACAUUUCCAUUUUGGGAUUCUGCUUUAGGAUACUUUCUUACAUUUUGCAUUUCUGGUCUGUAAAAGAUCACUGCAGAUAAACUGCAAAAGACCAAUAAAUUGCUUAUCUUCAGAAGCAUCUCACAUUUUAAA